AUGGGUCUCGCCGACUUUUUCUCCGACGUUGUGGCCUCCUUCGGCUUCCCCGAGGCCCAGGCUGAGGCUCCCGUUGAGGCCGUCGAGGAGUCCUCCUCCACCACCAGCCAGGAGUCCGAGGAGGAGAAGCCCGCCGUGAAGGAGGAGGAGAAGUCCGAGGAGAGCUCCGAGGAGGCUGCUGAGGAGACCCCCGCUGAGGAGAGCGCCGAGGAGGAGGAGCAGCCCGAGGAGGCGGCGGAGGAAGAGGAGGAGGAGGAGGAGGAAGAAGAGGAGGAGGAAGAGGAGGAGGAGCCUGAGGAUAUCAAGCCCCAGCUGGAGGAGGAAUGCGCCAACUCCGCCCAGUGCGCCCCCUACAAGCACCACUUCGAUGAGUGCGUCGAGCGCGUAACCUCCCAGCAGGAGGACGCCGACUACAAGGGUCCCAAGGAGGACUGCGUUGAGGAGUUCUUCCACCUCUCCCACUGCGCCACCCAGUGCGCCGCCCCCAAGCUCUGGAAGGCCCUGAAAUAA